UCCCAUCUGCUAUUGAAACCUUCUGUUUCAGCCAAUCAGAGGGCAGCCAAUCAGAAGAAAGCAGGUUUUUAGGGAAGCAUUGCAGGCCAGUCUUUGAACUGGCCCCAACAGGGAAUUAAAAAACAACAAACAGAGGAGGAUACAGGUCAAAAGGGAAAGCCAGGAGCAUCUCUGAGCAGAUGCUCCUGUAUAACCUGAGCUGUUUAGAUCAGACAAUGUCAGGAAAGAUGUGCAGCAGCAGCAGCAGUGUUAUUCAGGCACAAAAACUGGUGGAUCAACUUCGGGUAGAGGCAAGCAUGGAGAGAUUCAAGAUCUCUCUGACAGCAGCAGAUUUAGUCCAGUACUGUCAGGAGCACAGGCGCAGUGACCCCCUGCUUACUGGCAUAGCUGCUUCAUCCAAUCCCUUCAAAGAUAAGAAGACCUGUUUGAUUCUUUGACAGCUCCCAGACGGCGCUGUGAGGAAAACCUCUGUCCGAGAACGCAACCACGAACAUGUACUGUGUAAAAGAUACUACAUGUUCUCAUCUGGAAAAUCACGAAA